UCUGUGAGCGGCGCCCGGGCGCCUGGGCAGGCGCUUCUAGAGCGCCGGCGCCCAUUUUGCCCGCCCGCUGAGGAGCGCGGUGCGCGGCCUACACGCUUUGGGGACAGCCCUUUGAGGCGACAUCUCCGCGAACGCCGGCCUCUUGAGCCAGAGGGACGCUCUUUUGAAAGUCGGUCCUAAAACAGUUAAGGUUUUGUUUUAUUUUAUUUCCAAGUCACAGCCCAUGAAUCUGGUACAACUCUCCCUGGACCACUUCCGGUUGCCGGCCAGCGCCUUGCAACUUCAGUUUUAGUGACCUCGGUUGGGGUUACCCCUCGGCUUUUCCCGGGCUCACGUCACGAUCUUGGUUCGAGUGGCCCAGGGUGGGAGACCUGGAAGUUUUAGCCUAGCUGUUCUCGUGGCGGAGAAAUUAGCACAAGAAACGUUAUAUUCAUUUUUCUGGAUAUGCCGCAAAAGGAUCCGUGCCAGAAACAAGCCUGUGAAAUACAGAAAUGUUUACAAGCCAACAACUACAUCGAAUCAAAGUGUCAGGCUGUUAUCGAAGAACUGCGUAAGUGUUGUGCUCGAUAUCCCAAGGGAAGAUCUCUCGUCUGUUCAGGAUUUGAAAAAGAAGAAAACCAGACACUGAAGUCUCCAGCAAAGUAAAGUUCUGCUGAAGAAUUAAUUAAAUGCUGCUCCAUGUUUCUACCAAGCACAUUUUAUUUAUCUUCCUUUCUUUAGGCCAGGUAGCAGCAAAUAGCAAAAGAAAAAUCAACUGUAAGAGCUAGUGGAAUAUGCCAUCUAUGCAGAACAGACGAUUUAAGACAUGUGUAGAAUGUCAUAAAAUUGAGCUGCUAAAAUAAACCUGUUUAAGUGAAAAA